UUACAAAAUUGGUCAUUGACUCAUCUCCUGCAGGACAACCAAUACCACUUUGCCAACGAUUGUCAGCAAAUGCAACGGCACGAUUGAGUGACUUAAGGCAUCUCAAAUGAUGUUUCAAGAAUCAGUUGAUACAGGAAAAAACCUGCAUCAAAUGUUGCUGAUAGUUGCAUUCAGUGUAUUUGUCCAAGACCUGAGCAGUGGAGGAGGAGCACAGGCAUGGACCUACAACUCCAGCAUCCGUCCAUACCGUAAAUGGCCUGAUGCCCGCAAGUGGUGCCGUCAGCACUUCACAGAUAUGGUGCCCAUCCGGAACCAGGAGGAGAAUGACUUCAUCAACAAUCUGCUGCCGUAUAACCAAAGAUAUUACUGGAUAGGCAUAGGCAAAAAGGGUGAAGAGUGGGUCUGGGAAGAAACGCAUGAGGAGGUCCCCAAAGAUGCUCAGAAUUGGGCGUCAGACGAGCCAGAUAACAUACCAGCUCAGGACUGUGUGGAGAUUUACAUUAAGAGGGACAAAGACACGGCCAAGUGGAACAAUGAGAGCUGUCACAAGAAGAAGGGAACCAUCUGCUACACUGCCUCUUGUACAAAGGACUCCUGCAGUGCCAAUGCAGACUGUGAGGAGACCAUUGGAAACUAUACCUGCCGGUGCCAUCCUGGUUUCCAGGGGUCACGAUGUGAAGAGGCAAUUGCAUGCAAACCCUUGCUGGAUCCAGAACGAGGUUCUCCCUACUGUUUCCAUCCCCAUGGGUCCAAUCGUUUCAACUCUUCCUGCCAUUUCCACUGUGAACUUGGCUUUCAGUUGGUCGGCAUGCCCCAACUGCAAUGCCAAGCCAGCGGACGUUGGAACUACCCUGUCCCUCUGUGUCAGCUUGAACAGUGUCCAGUUCUGAACCACACCAACAUCGAUGCAGGUAGUAUGAACUGCAGCCACCCCAUCGCGCCUUACAGCUACAACUCCACCUGUGAGGUCAGGUGUGAUGAAGGCUACGAGCACAGUGGGUCGAACCAGAUACGUUGUGACCACAACGGCCAGUGGACAGCCAGUGUCCCCGCAUGUACAAUUACAAAGUGCUCCCCCAUUUUCUUUCCUGUCACGGGAAACGUGACAUGUGUGGACGCUCUGGAGCCUUUCUCCUUUGGCUCACGGUGUAACUUCACCUGCCAGGAAGGCCACUACCUGACCAGAGAGGACACAUUCACCUGUCUGGCCUCGGGACAAUGGAGCAACCCUACACCUACAUGCGCAGUGGUACAGUGCAGCAGUUUAAAGACUCCGCCCCAUGCCUCCAUGCAAUGCCAGGACCCUUUAGGAGUGUACAGCUAUGGCUCAAUAUGCACUGUGCAAUGUGAAAAAGGAUUUGAUCUGAUUGGUACAAAUGUGACGAAAUGUUCUUCACAGGGCAACUGGAGUCAUGCACUUCCUGUUUGUCAAGUUAAGAGGUGUAACCCAAUAAAUCCUCCUCAUGGCUCCCUAUCCUGUUCUGACCCAAAUGGUUCCUUCAGUUUUGGUUCUCUGUGCACCACAACUUGUGACGUGGGAUUUCUACUGAAUGGGACAGCCAGCACUGAGUGCACCUCCCAAGGCUUGUGGAGCACAGACAUACCGCAUUGCUUGGCUAAGAGCUGUCCGACCCUGAGCUCUCCCUCUCAUGGCUCCUUAGUCUGCUCUGAUCCUCAUGGAGAGUUCAGUUUUGGUUCUCGGUGUACGUCAGCUUGUGAGGAGGGUUUUCUCAUGAAUGGGACGGCUGACACUGAGUGUACCUCUCUGGGCACAUGGAGCGCAGACAUCCCACAUUGCUUGGCUAAAAUAUGUCCCACCCUGAGCUCUCCCUCUCAUGGCUCCUUAGUCUGCUCUGAUCCUCAUGGAGAGUUCAGUUUUGGUUCUCAGUGCACGUCAGCAUGUGAGGAGGGUUUUCUCCUGAAUGGGACGGCUGAUACAGAGUGUACCUCUCUGGGCACAUGGAGCGCAGACAUCCCUCGCUGCUUGGCAAAAAUAUGUCCGACCCUGAGCUCUCCCUCUCAUGGCUCCUUAGUCUGCUCUGAUCCUCAUGGAGAGUUCAGUUUUGGUUCUCGGUGCACGUCAGCUUGUGAGGAGGGUUUUCUCCUGAAUGGGACGGCUGACACAGAGUGUACCUCUCUGGGCACAUGGAGCACAGACAUCCCACAUUGCUUGGCUAAAAUAUGUCCGACCCUGAGCUCUCCCUCUCAUGGCUCAUUAGUCUGCUCUGAUCCUCAUGGAGAGUUCAGUUUUGGUUCUCGGUGCAUGUCAACCUGUGAGGAGGGUUUUCUCCUGAAUGGGACAGCUGAUACAGAGUGUACCUCUCUGGGCACAUGGAGUGCAGACAUCCCUAGUUGCUUGGCACAUCCAUGCCCUCUACUGGCCAAGGCUCCACAACAUGGAAGGAUGAAUUGCAGCCAGCCAUACUCCCCUUUCAGCUAUGGGUCACACUGUGACUUUGAAUGUAAUGAGGGCUUCUGGCAGAAAGGAACACCAACUAUGACAUGCAACAGCUCAGGUUACUGGAGUCAAGAUCUACCCACAUGCCAACCUGUACAGUGUGAGGCUAUCCAGGUCUCUUUAUCCCUGUCUAUGAACUGCUCCCAUCUUCUGGGGAACUUCAGCUUCAGCUCUCAGUGUCUUUUCACCUGUGAAGAGGAUUUCUUCCUGAAUGGCACAGAGGUGCUGUUUUGCUCCUCCACUGGGUUUUGGAAUGACAGCCUGCCUAACUGCAUAGGUAUGCCAAUGGGGACUUCCAUGCUGCUGUUAAGGGUUGUAGUAGCACCCUCCAUUGUCCUGCCACUUAUCCUGAUAGGACUGGCUUUGUUGAUUAUAAUGAGAUUUAAGAAAAGAGGAAAAGCAAUCGUAUCUUAUGCACCAACAUGGGGAGACAGAGAGAAUCCAGCAUUUGAUUUUGAGUCUUGAUUUUUCCAGCAAAUCAUUUCCAAUACUACAGUAUUGUGCUUUCUAUUACCAGAUGAAGCCUGUUAGUUAUUGUAUGAUACUCGUACCAAAAGAUUACAGAAGGAUUAGACCUUAACCUUACAUGAGAUUUCAAUUUGCAAUCAGAAAAUCCUUAAAAUGUAGAUAAAGGCAUAAAGUAAAGUAUGUAUAUGUAUAUUGCUUGAUUGUAAAUAAACUAUCAACAAUCACUG